GACCUGCAUUAAAGCCUCCUGUGCCCCAGCCUGGCGUUUCUCCAGCGGGAACUCUCCUCGGGCUCUGCCGACGCCAGCCCCUGAGCCGGAGACUCCAGCGGAGAGGCCUCGGGGACAGCGCUGGGAGUGGCAGAUCGUCUCAUCCUCCCAUGGAACAGGGAAAAGAAAUGGCUGCUGUCGAGCCAGUCCAGGGGUCGGUGACAUUCGAGGAGGUUGCUGUGUAUUUCACCAAGGAGGAGUGGUCUCUGCUGGACCCUGCUCAGAGAGCCCUCCACAGAGACGUCAUGCAGGAGAACUAUGAGAACGUGACCUCACUGGCAGGUGACUGGAUGGUGAAUGAGAAUCAGGAGCAGAAUUCUCAACAGGCAGAUGCUAAGCAAGUGGAACUGCACAAAGCAUUAUCACAAAGAUCUAAAGGAACUGUGUCCAGGAGUCAUGAGCAGGGAAAAGUUUGUAAGAGUCAGCACAGGCCAAAAAGGCAGCAGGGAAACCAGCCAGGGGAGAAACUGGGUAAAUCUACAAAUAGGCCAGGAACUCACAAACACCUCAAGGAAACCAGAGCCCAGCAAAGAAUCUCCCCAGGAGAGAAAAACAACACAUGCACUGAAUGUGGGAAAAGCUUCAGUAGCCCCUCAAAGCUUAUUAGGCAUGAGAGAAUCCACACAGGAGAGAGACCCUAUACCUGUUCUGAGUGUGGGAAAAGCUUCAAUGAUAUGUCCCCCCUUAUUAGACAUGAGAGGGUCCAUAUAGGAGAGAGACCUUACGAAUGCUGUGAGUGCAGGAAAAGCUUCACUCAGAGUUCAGCACUUAUUAGACAUCAUAGAAUCCACACAGGAGAAAGACCAUAUGAAUGCUCAGAGUGUGGGAAAAACUUCAAUGACAACUCACACCUUCUCAGACAUGAGAGAAUUCACUCAGGAAAAAGAGCCUAUAAAUGUUCGGUGUGUGGAAAAACCUUCACUUACCGCUCAGGCCUUAUUACACAUCAAAGGAAACAGACCCUAUGCAUGCUGGGAGUGUAGGAAAAUCUUCACUGACUGACCAGGGCUUAUUUGUCUUCAGAGAUUCCACACAGGAGAGAAACCCUAUAAAUGCUCAGGGUUUGGGAAGAGCUUUUAUGUGUGCUCACACCAUGUUGCGCAUCUGAGGAUCCACAAGAGUGAUAAAUACCAUAAAAACUUGCCUAGGGCUGACAAAAUAUGUUUUCUUUAAUACUUUGGCUAAUUCCCACAUAGUGAACUCUAAGGCUAUUUGCACCAUUUGCUUCACCAUGGUCUGUCAGGUCCCCCAGAUGAGUUACCUGCUUUUGCCCACAUACAGUGGUUGAAGUUUUCAAACGCGUUUCUGCACAAAGUAACCUGACCUCCACCAUUUUUCUUAGUUUAAAGAAACCUGGAGUAUCACUUUUAUACUAUUCCUCGCACUGCAAAGUGAUUGUUACAGUCACCGAGUUCCCCCUUUGGGGACAGAUUGUUUCAUUCCUAGUUGUUCUCAUGGUACCCCCUGGGUUGUGCAGAGCAACACUCAUUUUUUCUCAUUUAAAAUAUAUUUAAAUAUAACCAAGAGCAGGGACAGGCAAAAGAAUAUUGUUUCAGCUUCUGUUAGACUGGAAGGUGAAGGGUGAGUUGGAGGGAUUCUCUCCUUCCCCAACACUCGAGUUAUGUCAGCUUCUGUCUGAGCCAUGCAAUAUUUAGAAUGUGGAGAAGAAUAUCCUCCACCUACUAACGUGUCACAUAAUGCCGUAUUCUCAACUCUGUGAUUCAGAAUUGUGCUUUGAAAUCAGACUCAAUAGUGCUACAGAUGAAUGUGUCACAGUCCUGGAAGGGAAAUUUGAAUGGAUCCCAAACAGAAUGUGAUCAUAGAACGUUAGAGUUGGAAGAGACCUAAGGAGGUCAUCUAGUCCAAUCCCCUGCUCAAAGCAGGACAACACCAACUAAAUCAUCCCAGCCAAGGCUUUGUCAAACUGGGGCUUAAAAACCUCUAAGGAUGGAGAUUCCACCACCUCCGUAGGUAACCCAUUCCAGUGCUUCACUACCCUCCCAGUGAAAUAGUGUUUCCUAAUAUCCAACCUAGAACUUCCCCACUGCAACUUGAGACCAUUGCUUCUUGUUCUGUCAUCUGCCACUACUGAGAACAGCGUAGCUCCAUCCUCUUUGGAACUUCGCUUCAGGUAAUUGAAGGUUGCUAUCAAAUCCCCCCUCGCUUUUCUCUUCUGCAGACUAAAUAACCCCAGUUCCCUCAGCCUCUCCUCAUAAGUCAUGUGCCUCAGUACCCCCCCCCCCGAUCAUUUUUGUUGCCCUCUGCUGGACUCUCUCCAAUUUGUCCACAUCCCUUCUGUAGUGGGGAGACCAAAACUGGACGCAGUACUCCAGGUGUGGCCUCAUUAGUGCCAAAUAGAAGGGAAUAAUCACUUCCUUCAAUCUGCUGGCAAUGCUCCUACUAAUACAGCACAAUAUUCCAUUGGCCUUCUUGACAACAAGGGCACACUGUUGACUCAUAUCCAGCUUCUGCCCAGUUAUUAUCAAUUCUCCCUUGCACCCUUAGUAAGCUUGAAAAUUAUAAAGUUUUGUGGCAGGUCCACGAUUGUAAGGUUUUAUAUCCCUUCAUGGUAUUUGAUAAUUAGCUAAAUGAAUUUAUGGUCUGAUCCAGGAGUCAUCUCCGCCUGGAUUUUUGCUGGCCUUUGUUUUUUGAUUACUGUUGGAGUGGUUUGUUGUCUUCUUAAACAGUAUUUUUGUUCCCGGGCCCGUGAAUAUCCUCAUAGGCGACUUGACAAUUCGGUUCUUCCAUUAGUAGAACUAACUUCAGGAGCUCAAGCUCCUGCCAUUGAUACUAUGCUGCUAUAUUCAGAGAUAAAGGAAGAAGGGGGCAAGUGUCAGGACUCUAAUUGGGCCCUGGGUGAUCGCUACUUCCCGCCACCCAACACAGAUGUAAUGAGGUUGAGUAGCGUCCGUAUAAGAUAAACAAGAACUACUAGUUAUUCCUCAGAAAAGGUUUUUAAUUAUUUUCUACUAUAAAGAUAACACACGAAAAAUAAGAAAAGCAAAAACAAAGACCAGCAUUGAAUAAGAAUUAAUAUAAAUGGCAGGUUAUACUGAAGAUAAGCGCAAGUACAUGUAAUAUUGUGGACCAUUUGGGAGUUACUGAACAGUGACUCUACAUAUGCUGGUCCUGGCAGGUUAUAAUAGAAGCCCUGAAGACAAGCAUAAGUAAAGCUAUUAUUCAGCAAUUAUAUAUUCCUGGUGGCAGGAUAUACCGAAGACAAGCACAACUACACGUACAAGGAGCUAAUGGACGACAGCCUUACAUGCAUCCGCUCGGGCUAUUCGAAAGACAAGCACAAAUACAUGCAAAGCUAUUAUCCACCAACCACUUACAAUUGUUUUUAUACUACAGUAUUGAUACAACUAAGAUCAAAUCAGCUUGAGCAACCAGACUUUUUUACUCCAUAAUCUUACCCUGCAUUUGUCCCAAAAAUACGUUACCCUUUAGUCAGCCAUUUUCCGCACUGGCCAGGUACAGACAGUUGAGAAGUGCAUGUCCCUUCGGUUCAGGGGGUGUGGGUCAGGUUUCUCUUAUGACCAACAACACACUUGUUUCUGUGCCUUCGUAGUUUUUAUUUGGUCUGACGGCCGUGUUUUAAAACAGACCAACCAAUUAGGAUGGGCCACAUUGUUAGUGUGGUUGCCCUAAUUGUAUAUAGCCAAUUGUUAGUUAGUUGUAUAAUUUAGGCCUAUUUAUCUUUUGUAGCCAAUUGAGUCUUUAAUGUGGGUUUGGUACGUACAUAGGAGUUAGCAUAAAAUGUUAUCUGGUUGCAGCGCGUCCUGACCCCGAGCUUAAGCUUAAUUUUGCAAGCCUUGCUUUUUGAAACAUACGGAAGUUUGAGGCCUAACAUUGGCAAUACUUUUACUUGACAAUACUUUUUGUACAAUUUAAUCACAGUAUAGAUGUCAGUAGAUCAUUACCAGUAUUACAAUAUAAUGUUAUCAAGCAAACAAUUAAGAGCAGGAGACUAUAGUCCCAAACUAAUUUAUAUCACAGGGUAUUGCUGGGAGCUACCCCCCGAAAGGGAUCAAAUUCAGAGGUACAUAGGUUCCCCUGAUCCAGUACCCUUAUUGCGUGUUAGGGAGCUAUUUGCCCACAAGCUCAGGGCUUUGUAUGACACAAAAAUUGCCCAAUUCCAUCAAAGAGAUACAGUAAUGUUUUUUCAGUAAAGAUGGCUAAACCCCAGGAAGGAGAUGUAAUGUUGGUCCAGGCAGGCCCUAUCAGGGAAUGCCUGUAUAUGGGUAGGACUGGUAUGAAUAUGGUGAACACCCCGAUUGGGCAUUUAGUGGAACAAAUCGCUUUCCAAUAUAAUGAAAAUUAUGGAAAUAUACAAAUGAAUAUUCAGAUUGAUUAUAAUUUUGAACUUAAAGAAAUGCCUCCAGAGAUUGUAGCAGUGGAGGGCCGAACUUCCAAUAGGGGGUUUAAUUGCUUGCAUAAUACAGGAAUCUUGGCUCACCGAGCGGUGGUCACCUUUAAUUCCUGGGAAAUUCGUUCUACCGCUUCUGUUAAUUUUAACGAACAAGGUAAAAUUCCUGUUGAUAGUCCCUCCCACAUGUUAUUGGAAUGAUUAGGGAAGGUCUGCAAAGUAAAAGCCACUGUCCCUGAAAAUUUUCAAUGCAUGGACCAGCUUCUCCAGCCUUUGGUCUUAAAAGAAUUGCUUUGGGACAGAGAUAAAAUCAAUAAGAAGGGAAUUUGUCAGUCUGUGUUGGAAUGCUUGGCGUGUUUAAAUUCUACUAUAAUUAAACAGCAAAAAACCAUCCACUUGCUGCUUCAGCCUCAUUGUGCCCCUUCCUCCCCUCCUGUCAGAAUGGAGGAAGAAAGUCCACCACCUCCCUAUAAUUUGCAGGAGGCAGUUCCUUCUGCUCCAGCAGUGCCUCUAUACGCUGUAGUUACCAUCAAAUCCAAAAGUGAUGGUGAUCAGAACACUGUGGUCACUGAAUAUAGAUCCUACACCACUGCUGAGCUCUGGCAUUUGCGAGCCAGGGUGUCUAGGAAAGACGGUGAACCUAUUUGGAAGUGGGUGAUGCGAUUAUAUAAGGAACAUAGUGAUGAUUUUCUUAAUGGUCUGGAUGGACCCCUGGUGUUGAGUUAUCAGUCAACCGGGGGACUAACUGGAGGGGACUGGAGAACAAAAAUAGUUGGCAGAUUAACCCUGAUUCCCAUCAUGGCAUUGGCAAUGGCUGUAACUAAUACCCAGGGAAGGAGAACUAAGCCAGGCCCUGAUGACAUCCAGGACUGGGAGUCACUGUAUGCAUGUAUUUUUUUUAAUACGAUUCUCAGCGUAAGAGAUAAUGAUAAUGGCACCGCCGGAUGGUGAGAUGACACCAUGGUAGAAACACAAGCCAGAGUAGUAAGUCCAGCUACUGUUUCAACGUGUAGCGAGCUAUGUUUCAGGCGAUAUUGGUUGGAAUCUGUUGUUUUAGGGUUGGGUGGACUGACCUUAGAAGCUCUGUCCUCCCGACAAAUUCAGUGGGACCAAGGAAAUGUAAUUGAUAACCCAAAACUGUUAAAAUCAAAUCCCUCUAUGAACCCUAAACAGGAGCACUCUGGGGUUGCACGUGCAGCCUUCACCUUUUUACGAAAUCAGAAUACACUUCCAGAGGCCUGACUCUCUGAUCCUGAGUUAGUAAAAUUGGCUGAACACCAUGAAUUUGUUGCACGGGGUAAAAAUAAAAAUGAUUAAGGAAACGGCGGCUUGAGCAGGGAGAUGAGCAAAGUCAUUUUAAUAAAUCUUAGCAAAAGUCUCCCUCUUUUGAAAUUAGUUACCAAUGAAAAGCAGGAAAAUUGGUUACUUGAUACGGAUGCUGAAAAAUCUGUUUACUUUGUCAAAACAGUUGAUAAAAGGGAUCUUUCCAAAGUUUGGUUAAAAGGAAUCAGGGGAACUAAAAAGGGAUUUGCCUCAGUUUUUUCAAUAGAAUGUGUUAGUUCUAUAAUCUUAAUUCCUAUGGAAUGUAACUCCUUUCAUAUUUUUGGAAAUGAUAAUAUUGGGAAAAUUC